UGCAACCCUCCUCUCCAGCACUUUGAUAUGGCCCAGCCUGCUUGGGAAAAGAUUGGUAUUUAUAGAGGAGGAAUCGUGCCUGUUUUGUUUCAAAGGGUUCCUUGCAAGAAGCAUGGAGGAGUCAGAUUCACCAUUAAUGGAAGAAACUACUUCGAGCUUGUCUUGAUUAGCAAUGUGGCUGGAGCUGGAUCCAUUCAAUCUGUGUCCAUUAAAGGCUCAAAAACAAGCUGGAUGGCAAUGUCAAGAAAUUGGGGAGCUAACUGGCAAUCUAAUGCUUAUCUCAAUGGCCAGUCUUUGUCCUUUAAAAUCACAAGUACUGAUGGACAGACCCGAUUCUUCACGGACAUUGUUCCAGCAAACUGGGGAUUUGGCCAGACUUUCUCUAGUUCAGUACAGUUCUAAAAUAAUUAUCAGCAGCUUUAGAGUUCAGAGUCUAAAUUGGCCGAGGCGUGCUUAUAAUUUUACUUGAGCAGCCCGCCACAAUUAUUUUUCUGAUGAUGGCUGGGACAAUAAGUUUCUGGCUCUGGAUUAUGAUUUGAAGAGGGAGGGUGAGGAAAGGAACCCAUGGACUCAAGGCUAGCUGCUACUGAGCUGUUGUGCUUUAGUGAUCACGGAUUUGCAGAGUUGUAUUUUUGUAUUUAUAUAGUUAUUGCAACUUAAUAUGAAGCGCAAUCAAUUUGCAGCUUAAUAAUAUAAAUAAUAUUUUUGUUUUGGUUAA